AUGGCCCAGCAUGAGGAGAGCGACGGAGGGCAGCGCUACCCCGUUACCAGUUGGGCCAAGACAACUGAUGUAAAUUUAUCCAGCUCCUUAAAUGGCUUGAGCUUCAUGGGAAUUCUGGACACAAGAGUGGGCAGCGGUAUCCAGGGCCUUCAAAACUUGAACUCUGGGACCCCAAGAUCUCUCUCGUUGCCUGAGUAUGGGCCUGGCCAGCUGUCCAGUGCUGUGGAAGAUUGUCAUAGCCUUAAAUCAGUGGAUUCUGGUAUUCCAACUCUAGAAAUAGGAAAUCCAGAGCCUGUUCACUGUAGUGUGUUAAAUGUGAAGAGAAAGCAGUCAGAACCUGAAAUUGUGCCUGACAGGGCUUUUCAGAGUGCGUGCAUGCUGCCGUCUUAUGUGCCUCCGCAUUCUCUGACUUCUGAACAUGACCAUGCUGUGCGAAAAUCCUCUACUUUCCCAAGAACUGGGUAUGACACUGUCAAACUUUAUAGUCCAACUUCAAAAACUCUGAAUCGAAGUGAUGAUAUCUCUGUCUGUAGUGUUUCUAGUCUCAGCACAGAACUGUCAACAACUUUAUCAGUUAGCAAUGAAGACAUUUUGGACUUUGUAGUCACAAGCAGUUCAAGUGCAAUUGUGAAUCUUGAGACUGAUGAGGCGCACUUCUCGGAUGUUACCCUGAAUUCCACUAAAGAGACCAAUGAUCAGAGCCAGCAGGAGUGUUGUCAAGAGACAGACGUGGACAGUAAACGAAAAAUAUUGGGACCUUUUACAAACUUCUUUGCCAGGAAUUUGUUUACCAGAAAGCAAAGUGCAAGAUUUGAAAAACAAAAUGAUGUGGGAUGGAAGUUGUUUGGAAAAGUACCUCUCAGAGAAAACUCACAGAAAGAUCCAAAGAAAAUACAAAAGGAAUAUGAAGAAAAAACUGGACAAGCUCACAGACCACUCUCUCCUAAACAGAAUGUGAGGAAGAAUCUUGAUUUUGAACCACUCUCCACUACAGCACUUAUUUUAGAGGACAGACCAGCGAACCUCCCUGCAAAACCAGCAGAAGAAGCUCAGAAACACAGACAACAGUACGAAGAAAUGGUAGUUCAAGCAAAAAAAAGAGAGCUUAAAGAAGCCCAGAAGAGAAAGAAACAACUGGAAGAACGCUGUAAGCUGGAAGACAGCAUCGGCAAUGCUGUUUUAACUUGGAACAAUGAAAUCUUGCCCAACUGGGAAACUAUGUGUUGUUCCCGUAAAGUUCGAGAGCUAUGGUGGCAGGGCAUUCCACCAAGUGUGAGAGGCAAAGUCUGGAGCUUGGCAAUUGGCAACGAGUUAAACAUCACCCAUGAACUGUACGAUAUUUGCCUGGCUCGUGCCAAAGAGAAAUGGCGAUCACUUAGCACAGGAGGGGCUGAAGUAGAAUGUGAAGAUGCUGGAUUUUCUGCAGCUGACAGAGAAGCAAGCUUGGAGUUAAUAAAACUGGAUAUCUCAAGAACGUUUCCUAAUCUCUGUAUAUUCCAGCAAGGUGGUCCUUACCAUGACACAUUGCACAGUAUUUUAGGAGCCUAUACUUGUUACAGACCUGAUGUAGGCUAUGUACAGGGCAUGUCGUUCAUAGCAGCAGUAUUGAUCUUGAACUUGGAUACUGCAGAUGCCUUCAUUGCUUUUUCUAACCUUUUAAAUAAACCCUGUCAGAUGGCAUUUUUCCGUGUGGACCAUGGCCUUAUGUUGACUUACUUUGCUGCGUUUGAGGUAUUCUUUGAAGAAAAUCUGCCAAAGUUAUUUGCUCACUUCAAAAAAAAUAACUUAACUCCAGACAUCUAUCUUAUUGAUUGGAUAUUCACAUUGUACAGCAAAUCUUUGCCACUAGACUUGGCAUGUCGUGUCUGGGAUGUGUUCUGUCGUGAUGGAGAGGAGUUCUUAUUCCGUACAGCCCUGGGAAUAUUAAAACUUUUUGAAGAUAUUUUGACCAAAAUGGAUUUCAUCCAUAUAGCCCAGUUUUUAACAAAACUACCAGAGGACUUGCCUUCAGAAGAAUUCUUCACAUCUAUUGCUGCCAUUCAGAUGCAAAGUAGAAACAAAAAGUGGGCUCAGAUACUGGCUGCUCUGCAGAAAGAUAAUCGGGAAAUGGAAAAAGGAAGUCCUUCACUCAAACGUUAAAAUGAUGGUUGCCUCCAGUGACUCACAGCGAAAAGAGCUGAAGUGGCAGAAGUAUUGAGUACUGUUUGACAUGUAUGAGCCUACAAAUCAAAGUGUUAUUUCAGAGUUUUGUUUAGUAGUAGGAUAGCAUUAAAGGGGAGGGAGGGAAAAAGAAGGAAGGAAGGAAAUUGGAGGAUAAAACCCUUAUAAGUGAAAUGUAGGCUUAGCCUUAAACUUUUAGUGGAAUGAGCAUUUGCUGUGGACAGCGUUACACAUUCUGUAUUUCUGAUGAGGGCAGUGAAACUAAACAAUAUUAAGGGGUUUUUUUAAGUUUUUUUUUCCUUUAGUGUUUUAAAAUAUUGGGCAUUCAGCAGUGUCAGUUGCUUUGAAAGCUAUUCCCCAGUUUCAUUCUUAGGCAGGAUGUAUUUCCCAUACCCAUAACAGUAGCUGGAUCUGGAUUUUAUAUAACUGGUGCUGGAAUCUAUAGUUAAAUGUUGUAAGGACCAUUUCUUUAGAAAUGCUUCUUGUUUUAUAGGCUGUGGGUCCCAUUUACCAAAGAAAUCACGUAGACAUAGAACUACAUUCUUUAAUAAGAAAAAGUUAAGUAGAAAGUAAACUUGGAAGAGAAUCCACGUUAGCAGUGCAAACCCAAUUACUCUUCAAGAUGCCUUGGAAAUCUGUGUUUCCAAUCUGGAUGCAUGUGGGAGA